UUUUUUUUUCCUUUCUUUGUGGCCGCCCGUCGACCUUUUUUGCCUGUCCUUCGGAACGACUUCCCCGUCUUGAAUCUUAAGUAUAUCGCGCACAUACCUGAUGAAAUGCUAUCCCUCUUAAUGGCAGCCCAUCUGCUCGCCCUCGUAGCGAUGCUGCUCGCUACUACUGCAUCAGCCCAAUCUCACAGCAGCACGACCGGCAUCUCAACCACUUCCACAACCAGAGCAACAUCCACCACAACCACCGCGAUAGCAACCCAUACUGUUCAGGUCGGCUCAAAAGAAGAUCCUCAUCAAUACUCGCCUCAUAAUGUCUCCGCUGCGGUCGGCGAUAUUAUCGUCUUCGAGUUCUAUCCGAGAAAUCACUCCGUCGUGAAAGCAGACUAUCUUGCGCCUUGUGUGCCUGCCAGCGGGGAGAUCUUUUACUCGGGGAUAUUCAAUAGUUUCAAUGAGGAGGAUGGACAGUUGGUUGGACCGCCCCCAACCUGGUCCCUAGUCGUCAACGACACCGAGCCCGCAUUUUUCUACUGCACCGCCAUAGACUCCUGCAUCGGCAACGGCAUGGUCGGCGUCAUAAACCCAAACUCCACCAUGACCUUCGAAUCGCAAUACAACCGCGCAAAGACCUACCCCUACAUGCUUGUCCCAGGCCAGUCCAUCCCCGCCGAAGGCACCAUCGCCCCGACAUCCACAUCAACCUCGACCUCAUCCCCGUCCAACACCCCCUCCACAAGCUCACCGGCGCUCAGCACCGGCGCCAUCGUCGGCAUCGUCAUCGGCUCCGUGGCCUUCAUCGCUAUUCUCGGCGCGUUGUUCUUCCUCCUCGGGAGAAAUCGCGUCUAUCGGCAGUGGAUGUCCAGUCAGGAUGGAAGACAUGAGCGGACCGCGAGGUGGGCGGCGCUGUUGAGUCCGGGGCAGAGUACGGGGAAGGGGGGUAGUAAUUCUGCUGCCGGUGGCGGUGGUGGGCAGAGGAAGAGUGAGAUGGAUGGCGGGAGUGCAUUAGUGCCGCAGAGUGAGUUUAGUGGUGCGACUGUUGGGUCGGGGUUGUCGCCGCCGUUGGGGCAGGGGAUGUGGGGGUGGGAUGGGCAGCAGUCGCCGCAGCAUAUGCAGAUGCAGCAGCCGGUUGGGGGAGGAAUUUAUCAGGGGCCGCAUGGUCAGGGUCAGGGACAGGGACAGGUGAUGUAUGAGGCUAUGGUUAGGGGGCCGUCGGAGUUGGAUGGGUCGGGAAGGACAUGAUUGUGACUUGGGAGUGCGUGGUUGGCGCAGAACAGGUGUUUUUGGUAUGUUCAUGUUAAUGAUAUGGAUGCUAUGAUCAUGUACUGUACCUGUUAUGCUAUUAUGCGGUUCACUACUUCCGGG